AUGCCCCUCGCACCUCGCAACGGACCCUUCCUCGCCGGAUCCUCCUCGUCGCAUUCACCUGGCGCGAACACCCCGAGCGCAUCCCCCGACGGUCGGGACGAGAUUGACUUUCUGAGCGACGACCAGUAUGCUGUAGGCGAUCUCGGUAUCGGGCGGAGUGAUCGUAAUGUGCUCGACGACGACCCUAUACAUGCAGAUCUAGAUGCGCCCCUAUCGUUCAAGCGCCGACAGAAGCCAUCCAUCUUCUCGGGACCAGCGCAAUUGUUCGCUGCUUUCAGGGGCCAGCCGCAGACUCCGACCCAUCGAUCGCCCUCCCCCGUCAGCGGCGGAGACCACAAUGUCCCCGAUAUUACUUUCUUGACUACGUCGAAAGAUGCCAGCGCGCAUGACUGGUACAUUGAAGGACAAGGGCGCCGAGUCGGAUACGAGGAUCUAACGGCCAUCGACUGGAUUUUCGAGUACAACAAAGAGCGCAGGCGGCUGCGCUCGCUAGCUGCAGGAGCGGGAGGCCUACUGGGACACUUUCGCCAUCUCAUCGACGCGAGUAAGGUCUGGAUCAUCGUCCUGUGCACGGGCAUUUGUGUCGGCGCCAUUGCUGCGGCCAUUAACACUGCGUCGGACUGGCUGGGCGAUCUCAAGGAGGGGUACUGCUCAAGUGGAGACGAAGGAGGUCAUUUUUAUCUCAGCAAGAGCUUUUGCUGCUAUGGUUAUGACCAGGGCUCCAAAUGCGACGGAUGGAGACCCUGGGGCGAGGCACUGGGCCUGGGCUCAGGAGGCGGGUCGUUUGCCAUGGGCUACGUCUUCUUCAUACUGUUUUCGGUUACUUUUGCGUACGUGGCGGCCCUGCUGGUUCAGGAGUAUGCCUUCUACGCCAAGCACAGCGGUAUCCCAGAGAUCAAGACUGUGUUGGGAGGGUUCGUCAUUCGACGAUUCCUGGGCGGCUGGACGUUAUUGACCAAAUCACUGGGUCUGAUUCUCGCCGUCGCCUCUGGCAUGUGGCUCGGAAAGGAGGGCCCCUUGGUGCACGUCGCGUGCUGCGUCGCGAACCUCUUCAUCAAGCCCUUUAGCAGCAUCAACCACAAUGAGGCCCGGAAAAGAGAGGUACUCUCUGCAGCGGCAUCUUCCGGCAUCUCUGUGGCUUUUGGAUCCCCCAUUGGAGGCGUGCUCUUCAGUCUGGAGCAGAUUUCGUACUACUUCCCCGACAAGACCAUGUGGCAGAGUUUUGUGUGCGCCAUGGCUGCCGCUGUGUCCCUCCAGGCAUUCGAUCCCUUCCGGUCCGGCAAGCUAGUCUUGUUUCAGACCAAAUUCAGCAGCGACUGGGAUGGCUUUGAGAUGAUUCCUUAUGUCUUCCUUGGCAUCGUGGGAGGCAUCUAUGGAGGCUUGUUCAUCAAGUUCAACAUGGCCAUCGCGCGGUGGAAGAAGGGCAGCGCCUGGUUACCUGGUCCGAUCUUCCAAGUCGUCGCUGUGGCCCUCCUGACGGCCGUCAUCAAUUAUCCCAACUUCUACAUGAAGCUGCAGGCUACCGAGCUUGUCUCGAACCUGUUUGCGGAUUGCUCGCAGGUUCUUGACGACGAGCUCGGUCUAUGCAAGACCGGCGCCGACUCUCUGUCCACCAUUGUGCUGCUCAUGCUCGCGGCUGUCGUCGGUUUCUUCCUCGCAGCCAUCACAUUUGGUCUGCACAUCCCUGCUGGCAUCAUCCUGCCGUCCAUGGCCAUUGGCGCCCUCACCGGUCGCGCCGUUGGCAUCUUUAUGGAGAUGUGGUUCACCGCGCAGCCAGGCUUCUUCCUCUUCUCCACCUGCGACCCUGACGUGCCCUGCGUCGUCCCCGGCACAUACGCCAUCAUCGGCGCUGCUGCCUUCCUCGCCGGCGUCACCCGUAUGACGGUCUCCAUUGUGGUCAUCAUGUUCGAGCUCACCGGCGCCUUGACAUACGUCCUCCCCAUCAUGAUCGCGGUCAUGGUCUCCAAAUGGGUGGGCGAUGCAUUCUCACGUCGCGGCAUUUACGAGUCCUGGAUCCACUUCAACGAGUAUCCCUUCCUUGACAACAGUGAGGAGAUGCUCGUGCCCGACAUCCCAGCGGCGCAAAUCAUGACCAGGAUCGAGGAUCUCGUGGUUCUCACCGCUUCGGGUCAUACCAUCGCCUCCCUGACCACAAUUCUCGAGACACACCCUUAUCGCGGAUUCCCCGUCGUGUCGGACCCGAGAGACGCCGUCCUCUUGGGAUACAUCUCCCGCGCAGAGCUCAGCUACAACCUCCUUGCCGCGACUCGCCCCCCUCGAAGCCUACCCGUUGAGACGGAAACAUUCUUCUCCCAUCAACCACUGGCGGAUCCGAGGACGACCCUCGAUUUGAGGCCUUGGAUGGACCAUACGCCUAUCACUCUGCCCUCGCGCACGGCACUCCACCUGGUUGUGUCGUAUUUUCAAAGACUAGGUCUGCGUUAUGUUCUCUUUACGGACAGGGGUACUUUACAGGGUAUCCUGACCAAGAAGGAUGUUUCGUACGUCCUCAAUGGCGCCGCGGAGACAAGACGGACCACGAGUGCGCCAGAUGGUACCAGUCAUCGAGGACUUGGGUCAGCAAGACAGAGUGGUGAAGAGGAAGAACGAGGCUUGCUAGGAGUCGAGGAUGAGGAGGACGAUGAGAGAGAUGAAGCGAGAGCGCAGUCUUCAAUGUUGUAG